AGUAAUUACAAUUGAGUGGCGCAUUUCAGUCUACGUUGAGGCGUUGAAGCAUUGAGUGUACACAGUUGGGAGUGAAACACAAAAAAAUCAAAAAUACAUUCGCUUGUGCAUAAUUUAUUUCACUAACUUUUUAAGCAACUAAAUAAACCAAACAAAAUGAGCUCUGCUGAAUAUUAUCCAUUCAAGUGCACCCCCACCGUCUAUCCCGCUGAUCCCUUCGAUCCCGUCGAGGAUGCUGCCAUUCUACGCAAAGCCAUGAAAGGCUUUGGCACCGACGAAAAGGCCAUCAUCGAGAUCUUGGCACGUCGCGGCAUUGUACAGCGUUUGGAAAUCGCUGAAGCUUUCAAAACUUCCUACGGCAAAGAUUUGCUUUCCGAACUGAAAUCCGAAUUGAGCGGCAAAUUCGAAAAUGUUAUCAUUGCAUUGAUGACUCCGCUGCCACAGUUCUACGCAAAUGAGUUGCAUGAUGCCAUCUCUGGAAUCGGCACCGAUGAGGAGGCGAUCAUUGAAAUUCUCUGCACUCUUUCCAAUUAUGGUAUUAAGACCAUUGCACAGUUCUACGAGCAGAGCUUUGGUCGUUCCUUGGAAUCGGAUCUGAAGGGUGACACAAGCGGCCAUUUCAAACGUUUGUGUGUGUCGUUGGUGCAGGGUAACCGCGAUGAGAAUCAGGGUGUCGAUGAAGCCGCUGCCGUGGCGGACGCACAGGCCUUACACGAAGCCGGUGAGGGUCAAUGGGGCACCGAUGAGUCCACAUUCAAUUCGAUUUUGAUUACACGUUCCUACCAGCAGCUGCGACAGAUCUUCCUCGAAUAUGAAAAUAUCGCUGGCGUCGAUAUUGAGAAGGCAAUCAAGCGUGAAUUCAGCGGCUCGGUAGAGCGUGGCUUCCUCGCUAUCGUGAAAUGUUGUAAGUCGAAGGUUGACUACUUCGCCGAGCGUCUGUACGAGUCCAUGCAUGGUAUGGGCACCAAAGACAAGACGCUGAUACGUGUGGUGGUCAGUCGCUCAGAAAUCGACUUGGGCGAUAUUAAGGAAGCAUUCCAAAAUAAAUAUGGCAAGAGCUUGGAAUCGUGGAUCAAGGGCGACACCUCUGGCGAUUACAAGCGAGCCCUAUUGGCAAUUGUCGGCUUCUAAGAUCGAAACUCUAAUUUUAAAGAAAAUGGAUAAAAAUUAAAUAAAACUGAAUGUAUUUUUUAUUUACCAAAAGUACCUAAUGUUGUAAAAAUAUUGUCUUAACUGAAAUGAAAUGAAAAUAGCGGCAUUGUUGCCCGCAAGCCUCCUAAAAAUAUGCCUUAUAUAUACUAUAAGCACGUUUAAGCGCACAUUAUUACUAUAUUCGUACAUACAUACAUACUUAUGUAUACAUCAAAUCUCAAAUAAGCAUUCACAACCAAACUACCUACCUUCGAACUUAUCUGCCUAGAAAUAUACAAAAUAAAAUAUACAAGACAUGGAUAUACAUACAAGUAUUAAAUUAUAUGCAAAUAUCUACUUUUUGGAAAAUGGUAGAUUUUGUUUUAAAUAUGUUAGCAAAACGUGAAGUGCGUGCUGCAGAUUUUUAAUAUGCGCUAGGCAAUAUUUAAUAUGUAUUACUACUACACUUGUGCCCAUCCAUAAAGAUUUUUCGUCGAAUAUUAAUUACUAUUUUAUGCAUAAAGUCUCGGUUUUUUGUUAAUAUUUAAAUAUUAUAUCAAUAUAAAUGAAAAAUAAGUUUUUUAAAAAAAUUGUA